CUCUCUCUACUCCCAUCCUGUAGUCCCUCAAAGUGUCAUUUUCUCUCAUAUACUUCACACAAAAGAAACAACUAUUUACUUCACUUCUCUCUCUAUCUCUAUCUUCCUCGUCCCUCUCUCUCCCUCUCUCUCUUCAUUCUCAAAAUCUCCCCCCUGCAACUACUCCUUCCUCAAUUUAUUAAAAUCCCCAUCCUACCCACUCAAUCUCUUCACUUUUAUAAGCAACCAAGCUUCUCCCUCUGAUUCCCAGAAUAUCACCCCCAUCAUCAUUCUUACUUCAUACUUCUCUGCAACACACACACACACACACACACAUAUUGCCGAGACAAAAAAUCGGAGUGGCUCUAUCUACAGCUGAGAGGAAGGUAAGAGAAAAUUGGUGUUUGUGUGGAUGGAGCUAUUCCCGGCACAGCCAGAUUUGUCUCUGCAAAUCAGCCCUCCAAACACCAAACCUAGUUCCAAUUGGAGGAGAGAUGGUGCAGAGGUGGAUUUGGGGUUCUGGAAGAGAGCUUUGGACUCUUCAAACUCUUCAUUGCCCAAACCCAAACCUUCUGAUAAUAAUCACCAUCUUUUUCUCACUCAUCAUCACUCCUUCGACCUCUCUCUCUCCUCCUCCUCCAUUAAUAUCACUUCCACACCAACCCCUCCUUCCUCUUCUUCUUCUUCUUCUUCUUCUUCUUCCUCACUCUACAGCAACAACAACAUCCAUGGCCGCCACCACCGUCUCUUCUUCCAAAACGGCAACAAUAAUGCCAAUCCCUUGCCAUCGUCGUCGUCAUUUCACCACCACCACCACCACCAGAGGCUGGCCCAAGACCUGGGCUUUCUCAGACCCAUCAGAGGAAUUCCUCUCUACCAAAACCCUCCUCCUCCUCCUUCUAAUAUCCCAUUUGGUGGUCUUGUUGAUGCUGCUAAUUAUUCCACUGUUACUCUUCCUCAUCCUCCUCCUCCUCCUCCUCCGUCUUCUGUAUCUAACAUGACGACCUCCACAACUUCGACCACUUUUCAAUCUCACCAAGGUUUGAUGAGGUCUAGGUUGUUGUCUCGCUUUCCUGCUAAGCGCGGCAUAAGAGCUCCUCGGAUGCGUUGGACUACCACUCUCCAUGCUCGCUUUGUCCAUGCCGUUGAGCUUCUGGGUGGCCAUGAAAGGGCAACACCAAAGUCAGUUCUUGAGCUAAUGGAUGUCAAGGAUCUUACUUUAGCUCAUGUUAAAUCUCAUCUCCAGAUGUACCGAACGGUGAAAACAACAGAUAAAGCAGCAGCAUCCUCAGGGCAAUCUGAUAUAUAUGACAAUGGAUCAUCUGGAGAUAAUUCUGAAGAUUUAAUGUUUGACAUGGACAAUUCAAGGAGGUCUGAUCUAUCUACCAAGCAAACAACAUCAAGUGCUAUUAAAGAACAACAUGGGCUUUGGAGCAACUCUUCCAGGGAAGUUUGGUUGCAUGGGAAGCCAAAGCUGGAUUACUGUGCAGGAAACUUGAGUUCUUUUGAGAAGGAGAUGGAUCCAAAAUGCCAAAGUUACGAGAGAGUAUCAGAUGGAAGUGCAUCGUCAGAUCUUUCAGGAACAAGCCCCAAGAAACCAAAUUUGGAUUUGGAUUUGGAGUUUAGUUUAGGGCAGCCACUUUGAGAUCAUAUCUGAUCUCUCUUUGAGUAAUAUAAUAAUAUGCAUGGAAGAUUUAAUCGGCUAGCUAGGGCUGGAAUGAGAGAAUCGGUACUUGAUGAGAAAAUCAGAGGAAAAGAAAGCAAAAAAAAAAAAAUACACAGGGGGUGGGGGGGGGAAGAAAAGUGAAAGGAGCUAAAGAAAGACAAGGAGACAAGAAAGACAGAAAGCAGCAAAAGUAGAAGGAGGUGGGGGGGAAAAGUUUGUCCUUCCUAUCAAGCUCUUGUGUGAGAUCCAUCCAAAUCGAUAUAUCACGAUAUAAUAUAUAUUUCAUGGUAAAUAUUUCUCGUCAAAUUAUCUAAUUGAUUUGUAUGUUUCUGGAGCAAUCUGAGAGAGAGAAAGAGAGGGAAAGAAAGAGACAAAAGAGAGAAAAAAGAGAGCAAGAGCUUUGGCUACCUUAAAGUAUGAAGUGAUCCUUGGUAAUGUAAUGGACCACUUUUUUCAUUUUAUCAUCAAUAUAUUUUCCUUCUUGUUUCUCUACCAAA